UGCUUGCCGGGGAGCCGCCAGUCGCGUUGAUUCCUGUGUUAUUUUCUCGCGAUCUCGCAUUUAAAGGUCUCGUUUAGUGGACUGUUUAUCGUCGUGACUGUUUAACGUGUUGCUCGGAAGCAGUAGGCGAGCUUGGAGUCGAGCGGUGUCCGCUUACUUCUCGAUUACUUGCCCCAUUGCGGGGUGUGCCGCAUCGGUGUCUUCUCACGUGACGUCUGCUGCUGCCGUCUCCACUACCUGUCGCAAAACAUGUCUCUGAGCGCGGAUAUCGGCUCCGUCUUAACGGGUUUGCCCGAUGAUUUCGAAAAAGGAGGUGUGGUGGCUGCAACCAGCGUUCUUCAUCAGAGAGCAAAUGAAAUACGGCAACAAAGGGUCAAUUGGCAGUCCUACCUCCAGAGCCAGAUGAUCACGCAAGAGGACUACAACUUCAUUGUUGCCCUGGACCAGUCAACGACGCCUGAGAGCAGGGCCAACCUGCUCAAACAGCAGCGGCUGCAGUCGGCCAAGACCUUCUUCAACAUGCUGGGCCACAUCUCGAGAGACCAGACGAUCCAGUACAUUCUCAUCUUGAUUGACGAGAUGCUUCAGGAAGACAAGUCGAGGGUGGAGAUAUUCAAGGAGUAUUGCCGCAAGAAAAAGGAGUCGGUCUGGACCCAGUUUCUGAACUUGCUGAAUCGACCGGAUGGCUUCAUUGUCAAUAUGACGAGUCGCAUCAUUGCCAAGAUUGCUUGCUGGAGCCGCGAGCUGAUGGAGGGUUCCGACCUGCAGCACUACCUCAUGUGGCUCAAAGACCAACUUCGCAUGCCGAACAAUGACUACAUCCAGUCCGUGGCCCGGUGUCUUCAGAUGAUGCUGCGGAUCAACGAGUACAAGCUAGCCUUUGUUGCCAUUGACGGCAUCUCAACCAUUGUGACAGUGCUGGCUGGUCGUGUGAACUUCCAAAUCCAGUACCAACUUACCUUCUGCCUCUGGGUCCUCACCUUCAAUGUAGACUUGGCCAAGCGGAUGAGCAAGUACAACAUCAUACCAAUCCUGGCUGACAUCCUGAGCGAAUCGGGAAAAGAGAAAGUGGCAAGGAUUAUUCUGGCAACAUUCAGGAAUCUGAUCGAGAAGCCUGACGAGAAUGAGAUCAAGAGGGACAAUGCCAUCGCCAUGGUGCAGUGCAAGGUGUCAAGGCAGCUUGAGAUACUUCAGGGCAAGAAGUUUGCCGACCCUGACAUUGUGGAGGACAUUGAGUACCUGGAGGAGAAGCUCAACACCAGCGUCCAGGACAUGAGUUCCUUCGAUGAGUAUGCCACUGAGAUCAAGUCUGGUCGUCUUGAAUGGGGCCCCGUGCACAGCUCAGAGAAGUUCUGGCGGGAGAAUGCGGACAAGCUUAACGAGAAGAACUACGAGCUGCUCAAGAUCUUGGUGCGUCUGCUGGAGACCAGCAGAGAUCCCCUUGUCCUGAGUGUCGCUGCCCAUGACAUUGGAGAGUAUGUCCGGUACUAUCCACGAGGAAAACACGUCAUUGAGAAACUGGGUGGCAAGCAUCUCGUAAUGCAGCUGCUAGGCCACGAGGACCCCAAUGUGCGGUACGAGGCUCUGCUCUGUGUCCAGAAGAUCAUGGUGCACAACUGGGAGUACCUUGGAAAACAACUGGAGAAGGAAACUAGCACUUCAAGGCCAGCACAAGGGCCAACUAGAUCAUAACUCUCGUCUGGGCAUGUGACCUUGCUUCUUAAGCCCCAGGAAGGGAUGUGUAAUAAACCUGUGUAUUUAUUUAUCCAAA